CCAUUGCCGUCUUGCACAAAGAAACCCCGGAGGAGUGGGAACUAUCCUCCUGUCCCAGUCCCUGGAAGGGAGGCUUUGCCGCUGGAUUCUCAUAGGAAGGGAGGAAGGGAGGGAGGGAAGGAGGAGGGAGGGUUAGAGUCCAGCGGGUGGCCAGGCAGGGCUCCUCCUCCUCCUCCUCCCUCCGGCCCCUCCUUCCUCCUCCUCCUCCUCGUCCUCUUGCUGCUGCUGCUGCUCCUGCUGCUGCCCUUCGCGCUGGCUCCCCGGAGGCGCCAUGCCGGUGGGCGCCUCUCCCUCGGCCAGGUCCCGCUACAGCCUGGUGGAGGACCGCCACGACCCGCGCCUCCCGCCGCACAACGACGACGCCUUCCAGCACGGCAUCGCCUUCGAGGCCAAGUAUAUUGGCAGCCUGGAUGUACCCAGACCAAACAACAGGGUGGAGAUUGUGAGCGCUAUGAGACGUAUCCGGUAUGAAUUUAAAGCAAAAAGCAUAAAGAAAAAGAAGGUUAAUCUGAUGGUGUCUGUUGAUGGUGUAAAGGUGGUGCUGAAGAAAAAGAAGAAAAAGAAGAAAGAGUGGGACUGGGAUGAGAGCAAACUACUGAUGAUGCAUGACCCAAUCUACAGGAUAUUUUAUGUGUCCCACGAUUCCCAGGACCUGAAGAUCUUCAGUUACAUUGCCAGGGAUGGCUCCACCAAUAUAUUCCACUGCAAUGUCUUCAAGUCCAAGAAAAAGAGCCAGGCCAUGCGCAUCGUCCGAACGGUGGGGCAAGCAUUUGAGGUCUGCCACAAACUGAGUCUGCAGCACACUGAGCAGAAUGCGGAUGGACAAGAGGACAACCAAAGUGAGAAAUGUAGCGAAGACAUGGAGGCACCAGUUCCUGCCUUAACUGAAGGUGAGCCUGUCAGUCCAGUGGACGAAACAGACAUUGAUUCUAUGGACAUUGGACUUCCUGGGAACAAUCACUUGGAAUUCAACAGAGGAGUAACAGAUCUUGACGCUGUCAGUCGAGAGGCUCCUGAGCUGCUUUUUGCCAAGAGUUUGCUUCACAAAGAGAAUAUCCUAACUGCUUCUCCCAAGAUGCUGCUUCCAUCUUCUGUCCAGUUGCCUGAGCCAGGAGUCCCUCUGUCUACUCACCAUCAGAUGCAGUUUCUGCAGCAGCUCUUGCAGCAGCAGCAACAACAAACUCAAGUUGCUGUAGCCCAGGUGCGUUUACUGAAGGAUCAACUGGCAUCAGAGUCAGCUGCCCGCCUUGAGGCCCAGGCCAGAGUACAUCAGCUCCUGCUACAGAAUAAGGACCUCCUUCAGCAUAUCUCAAUCUUGGUGAAGCAGGUGCAAGAACUGGAAGCAAACCUGUUGAAAACUAGUACCAUGGAUUCUCAAAAGAGUUUGGUGGAAACCAGCUAUCGUCCAGUGACGCUACCUGUUCUGUGCGACCCUACCACCCCAGCGCCUGAGGACAACUACCCGCUCCAGUUUGACUCCAGUUUUUCCACCAUUACCAGCUCUCUGGUCAGCCCCUUAGGUAGGAGUGACUGUUUGGCAAAGCUGGAAUGCUUCCAUUUCCACUCCAAGGCUGUGCCUCCCUUGGGCAGCUUGGAGCUUAUCAGGUUCCACGAUUCUGGGCUCACCUCUCAGCAUGAGUCCAGCACGGAUGAGAGCGAGGAGUGGGACUCCUGGGUCCGGGAGGAAUCCCUUCGCCUGCUCUGUGUUCUGAACAAACAGGGGCUGGGAGAUAACUUGGAUGAAGACAUUCCAGUAUAAAAAGGAAGUAGAGCUGCUCUAGGUUUGUUGACAGUAAUGGGGGAGGAAAGCUGUAGUUCAGGAGUCCUUGCACAUAUGCCUAAAUAUUCCCAACUAUUGCUGUCUGAGCACAGAUUCUUCAUUGGAGAAGGAAUAUGCUGCCCCAUAUUCUAUUGGGAAACAGUGUUUCAUCAGCAACAGAACUCCCCCAUGCUGUUGUCCCACCUUGAAUACUGAGGACGGGAUUGCUAUUGGCAGGCAUUUCCAAAAGAUUCCACUGUUACACCAUCAAGAUUGGCAUUGUCUGCUACCUUUAGUACCGGGAGAAUCUCAGCUUGUUUAUUUUUCUCAGAAAAAAAUGGCUAAACCUUUAAGGAUGAAAAAAAUAGCUGGGUAAGAGUAAGCAAGGAUGCUAAAGAACAAGAGACAUGUCAUAGAAUCAUAGAGGUGGAAGAGACCACAAGCGCCAUCCAAUCUAAUCCCCUGCCAGGCAGGAAAAAGCACAAUUAAAGCAUCCCUAACAGAUGGCCAGUCUCUCUUUAACAACCUCCAGCAAAGGAGACCCCACCACACUCUGAGGCAGAGAGUUCCACUGCUGAACAGCUCUUACAGUCAGGAAGUUAUUCCUAAUGUUUAGGUGCAAUCUCUUUUCCUGCAAUUUGAAUCCACUGCUUCGUGUCCUAGUCUCCAGAGCAGCAGAAAAUAACCUUACCCUUUCCUCCAUGUGAUAUCCUUUCAAAUAUUUAAACAUGGCUAUCAUGCCUUCGUUUCUUCAAGCUAAAUAUACCCAGUUCCCUAAACUCCUCAUAGGACGUGGUUUCCAAAGCUUUGAUUAUUUUUGGUCACCCUUCUUUAGAUACGGUUGAGCUUGUUGAUGUCCUUCUUUAAUCAUGGUGCCCAGAAAUGGACACAGUAGAAUCGUAGAGUUGGAAGAGACUUUGUAGGUCAUCCAAUCCAACCCCCUGCCAAGAAGCAGGAAAAUUGAAUGAGACAGAUGGCCAUUGUGCUUCUACUUAAAAGCCUCCGAAGAAGGAACCUCCACCAGAGAGAGUUCCACUGCUAAACAGCUUUGACAGUGAGGAAGUUCUUCCUAAUGUUGAGGUGGAAUCUUCUCUCCUGUAGUUUGAAGCCAUUGUUCCGCAUCCUAGUCUCCAAGGCAGCAGAAAAUAAGCCUGCUCCCUCCUCCCUAUGACUUCCCCUCACAUAUUUAUACAUGAUUAUCAUGUCUCCUCUCAGCCUUCUCUUCUGCAGGCUAAACAUGCCCAGCUCUUUAAGCCGCUCCUCAUAGGGCUUGUUCUCCAGACCCUUAAUCAUUUUCAUCACCCUCCUCUGGACACCUUCCAGCUUCUCAACAUCUCCCUUCAAUUGCGGUGCCCAGAACUGGACAUAGUGUGAUUCCAGGUGUGGUCUGAUCAAGGAAGAAUAGAGAGGUAGCAUGACUUCCCUGGAUCUAGACACUAGACUCCUAUUGAUGCGGGUCAAAAUCCCAUUGGCUUUUUUGCCACUGUAUUCCCAUGAGGUCUGACCAAAGUGGAAUAGAACAAGACUACUAUUUCUAUUGAACUAAAUCCUGCAUAGUUUUUUUACCUCCAUAACAGAAUAGAAGAACAAAUUGGCAGUAGAUCAAGGAAACACAGUGCAAUUUUGUCUAAUUUACAUAAUAUAUGUAAUUGGCAGAAUUCAGGUGUGUUUGUGUGGAAUGUGUUUGGCUUUGGCACGCACUGAAAUUGUGAAUCUUGUGGAGGUACAUUCCUGUUUUCAUAGCAAACUGUCCAAGGACUGCCGCUGUUUAGUGUCCAGACAGCCUUAGGUGUGUGCAAACUGAAGGAAAUGUUUUAGUUAUGCACAUGGUUAUAUUUGAAGGAAUGGUUCAAUAUGAGUUGAUUUCUUCUGGAAAUGUGAACCUGGGCACUUCACAAAUCAAUGCUGCCUCAAUUCCAGAAGAGUACUUGUGAUAUGUCUUCAUUAUGGCACCUUCAAUACUAACUUACACAUGUUUUGUGGGUUCUUUUAUGUUCCCUACACUUGUACAAUAAUACAUAUUUCCAUGUAGUCCUGUGAUCACAUGUGAUGCUGACCGCACAGUAAAAACUGGUAUUAUGUAGGUACAUCACUCUGCUUUUGCUCUGGCUCUCUAGUAAAAACGAGCUACUUCCUUUCCUUGACCGUCUCCUCACCCACACCUCCCCCCCCCCCCAGCUACAUUCUCAUUCUUUUUCUUCAUUAUUAUAAAUACUAUUAUAACCCAUCAAAUAAAAAGAUCCUCUCCUAUUUUUAGCAAUCCUAAGUAUGUUCCCUCUAUGCAUUUUUAAAUGGAGAGAACAAUAUUUGGGUUGCUGCGAGUUUUCCAGGCUGUAUGGCCAUGUUCCAGAAGCAUUCUCUCAUGACGUUUCGCCCAUAUCGGUGGCAGGCAUUCUCAGAGGUUGCAAGGUCUGUUGGAAACUAGGCAAGGGAGGUUUAUAUAUCUGUGGAAAGUCCAGGGUGGGAGAAAGAACUCUUGUCUGUUGGAGUCAAGUGUGAAUGUUGCAAUUGGCCACCUUGAUUAGCACUGAAUAGCCUUGCAACGUAAAAGCCUGGCUGCUUCUUGCCUGGGGAUCUUUUGUUAGGAGGUGUUAGCUGGCCCUGAUUGUUUCUUGUCUGGAAUUCCCUUAUUUUCUGAGUUUUGUUCUUUAUUUUCUGUCCUGAUUUUAGAGUUUUUUUAAAAUUCUGGUAGCCAGAUUUUUUUUUCAUGGUUUCCUCCUUUCUGUUGAAAUUGUCCACAUGCUUAUGGAUUUCAAUGGCUUCUCUGUGUAGUCUGACACGAUGGUUGUUGUUGGAGUGGUCCAGCAUUUCUGGUUCAUCAAGUGCUCUGCUACGGCUGACUUCUCUGGUUGGAUUAGUUGUCAGUGUCUUUAAUGUUCCUUGAUUUGUGUUUGGGCAAUGCUGUGUUUGGUGGUCCCUAAUCAAGGAAGCCAAUUGCAACAUUCACACUUGCCUCCAACAAACAAGAGUUCUUUCUCCCACCCCGGACCUUCCACAGAUAUAUAAACCUCACUUGCCUAGUUUCCAACAGACCUCACAACCUCUGAGGAUGCCUGCCACAGAUGUGGUUUAAACGUCAGGAGAGAGUGCUUCUGGAACAUAGCCAUACAGCCUGGAAAACUCACAGCAACUCAGUGAUUCCGGCCAUUAAAGCCUUCAAUAACACAUUGAACAGUAUUUGUUUGGUACAUGCCCCUAGGUUUUACUCUGAAUUUACUUUUAUUGCUAUUCCAGCAGAGGCAAAGAAGGGACAUGGCCGUUCUGUCUUCCACCCUCUUCCCCUUAAUGUUUGCCAUGCUUAUGUGGGCAGCUAAGUGCAGAAUUGAAAGAGCAUUGGGUAAUUGCCAAUACUAUAUACCUAACAGGCAUGACAGGAAAAUAACCUUUUCCCCAGCACUCUUUGCAUGGCAAUAGAUCUGGAAUAAGAAAAGAGGGAAAGACAAAUUUCCUGCCUUCUUCCAGUGCUUAAGAAAUAGUGGAGGUAACAUCUAGCUAUUAUAAAAGUAAACAGCCUUCAGAACAGAUUCUUAAUUGUCUUUAAAAAAUAGAGGAAUGUAAAACUUACUCAUGCAAAACAUCAGUUCCCAAAAUUAUGGUAUGUUCACCAUAUUAUGGUAGGUAUCCAGCAGCAGCAGCACCCUGCCCUUCGUUUCGUAUAUGCCAUGUACCAAACCCUUAGCUGCCUCUUUUUUUGCAUCAGAGGGAACAAUUAGGUCAAGGGACUAGACUUGCCAUACCCCACUGCCAGAUGCAUGAUGUCAGUUGGUGACCCAUUUUCUGUUUUCCUAUGUGGGGAAGUUGGGCAAAAAAAAAUGGAGCAUAUUCCGAUAGUGUUUCAGGAACUGUCUGAGUCAUGAGGUUAAGACUCAGUGGAGAAGGCAAGGAUUUAAUCAAAUGAUAGCUGUGGCCUUGCUGCUAAGGGUCACUUGUUUUCCUGCCAUCUUUUCAGAUAAGCUAAUUUGGCAAACCAGAUAAGGUCCAGAGACUGGAGGAUCUCCAUCCAUGUUAUAUGUAACUAGUUACUUCCUUGAAAAAAGUUGAUGUUUUGAUUGUCUGUUUUUAUUCAAAAGUACGUGCUGAAUUUAGAUUUGUUUUUCCUGUUGUUAUUGUAGCAUUUGUCAUUAUUUCAUUGUCAGCUCAUUAUUUUAGGGUUCUGAAUAGCAGUCACAUUCAGUUACCUGGUGUAAGGAAAAUGAGCCAGUAAUGGAAGAUCUACUGUCAGUAUUUGCCAAGACAUUCUCUAUGAAGCCAAGGCUGUUAAAUGCAAAUCAUGUUUCUUCUUCGUGGUCUCUCUGAAUCACACAACUAGGUUUCACUGUUCCUGUGCAGUGUCUCUUUGCAAACCUCUAUUUAUUUAUUUAUUUAUUUAUUAGCGACAUUUAUAUCCCGCCCUUCUCACCCCGAAGGGGACUCAGGGUGGCUUACAAGCCAUAUAUACAUACAAUAUAUAACACUAUAUUGUAAUAUUAUUACAUAUAAUAUAAAUAUACCAUUAUAAUAGUGCAUUCUUAUAUUUUGUAUUACAUUAUUAAUAUUAUAUGCAUAUACAAUAUAUUAUAUUAUUAGUAUAGCAUAAUAUGAUGAUUAUAUAUUAUAUUGAGAGGGGGUUGGGGCACAAUGGCACUACUCUAGAAUCACUAGGUAGAAUUUUUGGCUUGUAAAACUGUGCACCCUCCUGAGGGUAUAAAUGUGCUAGUUGGUACUUAAUAACCAAAGGUGGCAUUAUGCCAGCAGGAAGGAUAAAUAGGGCUGUGUAAAUUCACAGAUGAUUACUCAAAGAAUGGUAGCUGCGGUGAUACAGUUAAGCUGCAGAACUUGCUGACCAGAAGGUCGGUGGUUCGAAUCUGUGGGAGGGGUAAGCUCCCAGUGUUAGCCCAGCUUCUGCCAACUUAGCAGUUCGAAAACAUGCAAAUGCAAGUAGAUCAAUAGGCUUUGGCGGAAGAUAACAGCACUCCAUGUAGUCAUGCUGGCAACAUGACCUAGAAUGCAUCUACGAAUAACGCUGACGCUUCGGCUUAGAAAUGGAGAUGAGCACUACGCCCUAGUCAGACCCGACUAGACUUAAUGUCAAGGGGAAACCUUUCCCACUCAAAGAAAUAUACUUACAACCUGUUCUUCUUUGUGGCCUCUGUGACUCAAACAAAUGGUGACUAACAAGCUCACAUAAUCAAAAGAUGGGUAUCAUUUCACAAGAAAACCAAGACAUUUAUGGAAUAAUCCCAUUUAUUAACAUCUUUCCAAAUAUGAGAGAUCAGCUUUUUCAAAAACUGAAAUUGUAAUGGCUAACGGACUAGAAGUCAUGAAAUACCACUACAGACUCUGGAAACAAAGGUGCUUUGCAGAGUCAUAAUACACUUUGAAUUUCAUAAACAUAAUAAAACACGUAAGAUGUUUUCUGACUUUUCAUGCAAGUCAAGACAGCAACAGUGACCACCUGAAAGCAUAGUGAUUCUAGAUGUUUCCAAAGAGGUACUGCACAGUGAAAACCCAGUUGUAUGAAUUCACAGAUGUCCGCUCAAAGAAAUAUAGUUACAGUUAAGCAACCUGUCCUUGUGGAAUGUGGUAGGAACAGAGAAAGAUCAACGCUGCAACACAGGAAGGCCUUUCAUGUUAAGUCGUGAGCAGCUGUGCUGUUCUUUUCUCAUUAAGCUAAACAGAUUUUUGGCUGUUUGUGUGAUGUUCAAACAGUUGUGUGAUUGAAGAAUCAUUUAAAUUGUUUGGAGAAGGAACAAUUGGAACAACUUUCAAAUAAUUUCCAUAUAUGAGACACUGUUCAGAUGUUCAACCAGGAGUCUCCCAUGUUCCCUGGAUCAAAGUGGGCAUUUUUAGCAUCACUGAUAGUGAGGUGGGAGUAACUCUUCUGGGAUAGACACUUUCGUACUCAUAAGGGUGAUAUUUAAGAGGAAAGCUGAGCAGCCUAAGGAAGGUAGAAUAUUUCUUCUGUGUCGGUGAUAAUCCAAUUCUCCAACCUCACUUUCUUUUCUACUAUCUGGCCUACUUUUUACAAAACAAUCUCUUUAGAUAAACUACAGGUUAGCAGGCAAAAUAUAAGCUUUCUACCUACAUACUUCCUCAUUUCCUCUCCCUUUCUCCCUUUCUUACCUGUACCUUUUUAAACAUCUUCUUUUUUUAAAAAAAAAUCAGAGUUACUUCUGUCAUUUAAACCUAAUCUUGGCAUAUGGAUGCUAUCUUGCCUUAGGCCCCUUUCAACCAAUGUUCUAGUUUGGAAACUAUGAUUUAAGAAACAGUCAUUUUUUUACUGAAGCACAUUGGGACCAUGUGAGCCAACGACUUGUUUGUGGGCUUAUAAACUGCAGACUGAUAAGACGUAGAAGUUUCUGGAAUUAUAAACCAAGACCAUUGCUUGCUUAUGAUGAACUAGAUUAUCAGGGAUCCAGCUCAGGGAGAAAGUGCCUUCAAAUAUGAAUUGGGUUGAGGAUUUGUUUCUUCACCCUUGUUAUUUAAACAUUAAUCUAGUUGUUUGGUUGAUUGGUAGCAGCAGAGCCACCGAGCCAACAGCAGAUAAGAUAGUAUGGGAAGGGGAUAGUGGCAACUGUCAACAUAUCUUAGGUAUCUUUCAUGUUCAGACCUGCUGUAUAAAAAUAGUCUCUAGUCUUUUCUGAUGACAAAGAUAAGGAAGGAAAACUAAAAGUGAUGAGAUAAAAUGUCUGAAAUGAACAUAUAGAGGUGGAAAGAGAAUGCGUAGGCGAAAUGAGAAGAGAAGGGUGUUGAUAUAGAGAAAAGUUGGUAACACGAAGAUUGGGCCUUUUAAGGAACUGGAACCAUCACCAUUAUUAUUAUUAUUAUUAUUAUUAUUAUUAUUAUUAUUAUUAUUAUUAUUUAUACCCCGCUUUUUUUUCUCCACAAGGAGACAAAAAGCAGCCAUUCCAGAUAUUAAUAUGCCCAUCUGAUCUAUGAUAAUAUCCAUUGCCUGGGAUGGCAAAGGAUAAUUGGAAAAGAAUAUUGCUAACUCAGUGCAAUAAUGCCCAUUUUAGCAGGUAUUGCUUAGCAGUGGCUCUACAUUCACUCAUGUCUAAACUUAAAACUUUUUUCAGACUGUCUGUAUGGAGAUUCUGACAUUGUUUAUUACACCAAUUUUUUUUCCUUUAUAAAACCCUUUCUGCAUUCUUUUGUUAUCUCCCUUAUUUAGAAGCGUGCUUAUUUAUGGAAUUACUUUCUCUGUAAGUGCACUUAAGGCCCGUGUGGUGGUAUUAGCAUCUUGGCUUUUGUGAAAUAAAUCUUUCUUAUUUUUAAACCUAAA